AAUGCCAGUGAUCGAUUCAAAAUUUUUUAUUUUAUUACUGCUAAUAUUUAAUUUAGAUGCAGCUAAGAUCUUAGCAGUGUUUCCAACACCAUCUAUAAGUCAUCAAGUUGUGUUCCGUCCAAUUGUUCAAGAGCUAGCUAAAAAGGGCCAUGAAGUUAUAGUUAUCACACCAGAUCCCGCUUUUCCCAAAGGUAAAUCUCCAGCAAACUUAACGGAAAUCGACGUUCAUGAUAUAUCAUAUAAUGCAAUGAGGCAAGACUUGGUUAACAAUAUUUUGGGCGACAAUAUGAAAUUUAUUUUCAAGGUUGGAGAAUCACUGAAAAUGAUGACUGAAAUAUUUGAGAAGCAGCUACAGGCCUCCGAAGUAAGAGAUUUGAUGAAUGAUAAAGAGAGAAAAUUUGACCUUAUCAUUGUAGAAGCUUUUGCUAGAGCAGCUUUAGGAUUUGGACAUUUUUAUAAAGCUCCAGUUAUUCAAAUAAGUUCGCUGGGUAUGGAUCCGUAUACAUAUCAUUGCUUUGGAGCACCCAGUCAUCCAUUUGUCUACCCAUCAAUUACAGCGUACCGAUUGUACAAUUUGUCAAUAACAGAGAAAAUUUUUGAACUGUUUCGAGCCACCCUUAUAGCAUAUUUUGCUUACCCGAGUCUUGAAUAUGACGACGCAAUUAUGAAGAGAUAUUUUGGAAAAGACGUUCCAAGUCAAUUUACUUUGCAAUAUGAUGUGAAAAUGCUAUUUUUAAAUGAACAUCCUAUUUGGAGUGAUAGUCAUCCUGUUCCACCAAACAUAAAAUUCUUAGGAGGAAUUCAUCAGACUCCUACAAAAGAAUUACCACAGGAACUAAAAACAUAUUUGGAUUCCUCAGAAUAUGGUGUAAUUUAUGUUAGUUUUGGCACUAACGCCAAACCUUCUCAGAUUCCACGUGACAAAAUUGAAGUGAUGACUAAAAUAUUCUCUACCUUACGUUAUGAUAUACUAUGGAAAUGGGAUGAAGAUGAAUUACCUUUGAAGUCAGAUAAUAUUAAAGUAUCAAAAUGGUUUCCGCAACCAGAUUUGUUGAAGCAUCCAAAUGUAAAAUUAUUUAUAACACAAGGCGGACUUCAGUCUACUGAUGAAGCAAUAAGUGCUGCAGUUCCCCUUAUUGGAAUACCGCUUUUCAGUGACCAGUGGUACAACGUUGAAAAAUACGUUCACCACGGAAUUGGUAUAAAACUCGAUAUCCUAACUUUAACUGAAAAUGAAUUCAAAGUAGCAUUGGAGGAAAUACUUGGAAAUGAGAGUUACAAAAACAAUAUUCUGCGUCUUCGUUCUCUCAUGCGGGAACAUCCAAUACCACCCGUUGAUAUGGCAGUAUGGUGGAUAGAACAUGUUCUACGAUUUGGUUCUGAACACUUGAGAUCACCAGCGGCGGGACUUUCGUUAACGGAAUAUUAUGAAAUACCACUGAUAUUAACUAUUGCUUCUAUAUUAUUUUUUAUUCUAUUAGUAAUUAUUUUUAUUGUGAGGUAUGCUUUUCAUUUCAUAUGUUAUUAUUUAAUGCCUGCAAAGAAGGAUCAGCUAAAGAAACGUAAAACAAAUUAAGUUUCCAUAUUUUCUGACAAAAAUACUAUAUUAAGGUUUUUAGGUCACACUGAGUAGCACGUAUUUUAAUAACAGUAGCUUCACUGUUUUUUAUGAUUAUUGCAAAUUAAAUUAUUAGUAAGAAACUGAAUUUUCCAUUCAAAUUGUUUUAAAUACAAUUAUUUGCGCUUAUUUUUUUAAAUAAAUGUUUUUUAGAUAAAAAAUUUAAGCUGUCCCUGGCAUCUGUAUGUAAAUUUUAAUUAAAUAUUUAAUACAUAAAUAAAAAGAUCUUAUAAA